AUGUCCUCCUACCGACUUGAAGCGAUUUUAACCUCUAUUUUCAUGGUUGUCGUUUCUGUUGUGGCUGUUUUCGGCAACUUGAUGGUCAUCGUGGCGAUCUUGUGGAACAAAAGACUUCGCACAGUGCCGUACAACUUUCUUUUCCUUAACCUGGCUGUAGCUGAUAUGCUUCAAGGAGCUAUUGCCAUGCCCCUUCGUCUUGCAGAUCAACUCAACCAAGCUGACAAAAAACCAUUAAUACCAUGCCUGGUUGUUAUACCUUUAACUGUGUUUUUCUUCGGCGCUUCAAACUUUAACUUGACUCUGAUAAGCCUCGAUCGAUAUUUUGCAUUGAAAAAGCCUUUUCUAUACCCUCUCUUAGCUGUACCUUCGAGACUGGCUCUUAUUGUCGCGGUAUCUUGGGUGAUCAUUUUCAUCAUCGCCUUCUUACCUAUUAUGGGAUGGGGAGCUGCAGCUGCUGCUGACGUGUCUGAUAUCUGCUUGUAUUCCACCACACUGAGUAGAGAAUAUCUCUUUGUGUUAUUUUCCAUCGUCAAUUUAGCUGUGAUCCUAAUACUGGCAUUUACCAACUAUUUCAUCCUCAAAACUGCAAGGAGACAGGUUCAUCGUAUCAACAUCGACAAAAAUCUCGGAACACUAUUGGAGGUGCCAUUUUCAGUUGCUGCAAAAAGCAAGCCAAUGACGUUGUCUAAUAUCCGAACAACUGCCGACAAUAAAACGAUUAACAACCGAGUGUUUGUUAUUAGCAACAGCGAAAAUGCUGAUCGAAAAGGGACAAAGAUUGUUCUGAUCGUAGUUGGUAUCUUUGUGUUUUUGACAACGCCAAUCACAGUGAUUGACAUCAUUAGUCUAUUGGGUUGUGUUUCAUGCACGCCUCUCAUUGUUGUCAAGGUAACCGUGUUUAUGGCUUACGCAAACGCUUGUGUCAACGUUUUUAUAUACGCUGGCCUCAACACGGAAAUGAGAAAUACAUGGGUUGCCAUGUAUCGGCGAGCUAAGGCAGCUUUAGGUAGAUCUUUCCACUCUUAUUUAGUAAAAUGGAUGUGUUGUCGAUCCUCGGUCUCAAGUACUGAAGUAACAGAGUUUGCGUGAAAAUUUUACGGUACACGAUGCCUUUCUAAGGCGUUGAGGUCUUUCAGUCUUUUUGGAAACUAGUCUUUUUUUUCCAUUUCCGGCAGAAAAAAAAUAAGCAAUUAACGCCUUGAGGCUCUUGAAAAAAACCAAAACACUCAUCCUACUAUUUUCUCGGUUCUAUGAUACGUUAUCAAAUGAAAUACCUCUUACGACUCGGUAAAGAAAGAGAAAACAUGUAUCAAUGCGGGAUGGUCUUCAUUUCUCUUUUUGUAUUAUUGAAAAUGCAGUAAUUAAAGAAGUACAGAUAAGCACACACUUUGUUGUUAACGUCAUAGUCAUUAUACCUCUCCUAUGUUGGGGUGAUGAAUGGUCCAUUAAAAUUUUUAACUGCUCGCAAAAUUUUACCUUUGCUCGAUUUGCUCGCAAAAUUUAAACGAGUGCUCGCUUGCUCGUGCUCCCCAAAUUUUUGCGUUGCUCGCAAGCUCGCAAAGCAAAUUUUUUAUUUCUGCUCGUGCUCGCAAAAAAAUCGCAGUGCUCGGCAUGCUCGCGAAUGCGCGCAAAGACCAUGCGUCACCCCUCUAUGUGAAGGAUCGAAGUAACAAAAGGGAUCUAGAUCUUGGUAACUGACGCGGCUCGUUAACGAAGAAUUGUCUGACGCGCUGGCUGUACAAUGAACAAGAAACUCAAACAAUUGUUCAGCAUGAAGAAUUUCCAGUUAAUUCUUCAGCCAGUAAGUGCGAUUUUUUGAAGGUUAAUCACAAACUCAGGGACUCUAAUUCUUUUUGUGCAUGCAGUUUGAAUUUGAAAAAAAAAAAUCAUGAGCAGCCGGAAAAGCUGAAACCGGGGUGUUAAACAAGACCAAUAUCGAAUGAUAUUAACAAAUGAAAAUUACAAGUUUACACAAUGAUAACUUUCAUUAAGGAGAAAUAAACUCUUUCAUUGCGGUAAGAAUCGUAAAAGCAGAAAAAUUUUUAACACCUGCUCUGUAAUGAGCCUGAGUGAGCCUUCGAAAGAUUGGGUAUUGAUGACGCACCAUAGAGCAAUUUGUAUGAGUAGGCCAUUUCGGAGUUCCAAAAUCUCACUUUCAAAACGAGGCUAAGUGCAAAACUUUUCUUGUGAAAAUAAGUUUUAUUUGCAUUAGAAUAAGAAAUCAUUUUCAUAAUCAACAAUAGCUUCAUGUGGAAAAAGAGGCUUGCAGUAACUAGGAAAUUGUGUAUUAAUUUUAUCCUUUGCAUUGAAAAUUAACCCAGAUAAAUAGAUUCAAAAGUUCUGGAAGACUCUCUUUAUUUUACCGUAGAUUUUCCAAAACUCGCAACAGCCUUUCAAUAAUUAGUUAUUAGCGUCCAGUCUCUUUUCGUUAAUUCCCGAAGAUAACUUGACAUUUGUGAAAAUUAGGAAGACCGAAACGCAGAUGUCCCGAUUGUACUUACAUUUCUUAAUGUAUAGGUCAUUUGCCUACUAAGUCGACGCAAACCACUGUCAACUAAUACAAUAGGCGAAUCUUUGUCUCUGUUUUUUUCGCCAUUAAAAUAUCCUUUAUUUUCUUCAGGUUAUAAGAGAGGAACAAAAAAGUCAGUUCUGAGGACAGUCUUAAUCUCAUUUGUUGCAUGGCUCCUUGAGUCUGCGUAUGCGAUGCGAAAGGAAUCACAUCGAAAAGGUCUUCUAGAGAAAAAUUUAUCCAAUCUAGUUUCUUAUACUUAAAUUCUUAUUGAAAGAAUUCCGUGAAGAAUUGAUAUUUCGUGAAUAAAAAAAGUCAAUAAAAGAAUCUCAAAGAGACUGGUCGAUUAAUUCUUAUAUUACAUACAACAAAUCUGAGGCCGCUUGGCAAUCCUGAACAUCCGGGUUUUCUACCAAAACGGCUAGUGUUCCGGACUAAGGGCAAAGAGACAUGCGCAGCCAUAAGAUCCGAAGGCUCUGGUGAAGAGAUUGGGUAAAGAGACGUCAGUGCCAUAAUGAAACUCUUGUCCUUGCACAUGCUGGGUAAUAUCAGAGAAGGAUAUAAUUCACAUAUGCUAAAAUGAGGUCAUUUGGAAGGAGUAAAUAAACUAUAUCAGUAAUCAUCAGCAGAUUUGGAAAAGUGAGAAAUUGUACCGGCAGGAUAGCCUGCGAGCCAGCUCUCUGGGGAACACUGGCGGCGGGGCGGGAAAAGGAAGGAGAGCUUGCAACUACGUCUCUGGAAUUUCAGCAUUUCGCAUGGACUUUUUCGAUGCACAUAUUCAAAUUUCUGAGACGUAGUUGCAAGCUCUUUCUGUGGUUUAACUUUUCAAGCAACAAAAUUCCCGCAAAUAAAGGAAAGUGAUGUUAUUAACGUUUACUGUGAAAAAAGCGCGUGCGCGAUUUUGUGAAACAAAAGAGCUAAAAGUGGAAAACAUAGCGUGCUGCAUUCAUUGUUUAGAUUUCCACCUUCAUCAUAUUAAUGAGAAUCGUCAUGCAUUCUUGGCAACCAAUGGCUGAAGCGCUCUUACAGCGUCUAAGCAUGACUGCUUGUAAUAUGACAGAUCUAUAAACUUUGGUGAAUUGGAAUUAAAUGUCCUGAGAACAAUAGGCAUACUGGGCGAUGCUUUCCCGCCCCGCCGCCAGAGCGCCCCGGAGAUCUUGCUCGCAGGCUACCGGCAGGAGAUCUUCUCUCGACUGGUCCUCUCAGUAAAUUCCUUAAUACUAACUACAUUUCAAAGGAAAUUGAAACAUGACUUUCAGACUAGAUACCUGUGGCGCCAGGCUAGCUAUGUGGUAUUGAAGUUACAUUUUAGUAACCUUCACUAGCAGAUAUGCCAAUUUUUACUUUAAAAUACGAAAGAAAAAAUAUUGCAUUCGAACAUUUUGCUGAAGAAGCUUCAUUUUAAUAAAAAAUUACGGCAAAGGUUAAAGAUAGACCCCAUGUCUCUUGUAAAACUCUCUUCCGGAGAUGAAAGGUUGGUUAUUAUUAGGCAAAAAAGAAGCCGGGGAAAGAUUCGAUGACAUGAGGUAUUACUAAAAGGAACUGGUAUUUGGUUUUCCUUUAUUUCAGUUCUCCAUCGAGAUUUUUUUCAUCUUGAGACACACAAAACUUAGAUAACCUUCUCGAUUCCACUCUGCUUAAAGAUUCAUUCCAUGUCGCCUUUGGAUUUAAAUUAGCCUUCAACGAAAUUUUUCAUUUUUUUUAUUUAAGUUGUUAAGACCAAAAUAAUGAUAUUUUCCUCUCAUUUUCUGCACAUUUUGUAGUUAAUCUUUCUUCGCACUUUUUACUGUAAUUUUCUUCUCAGCGAUUUGACCAUGCCACUUUGAUGUGAUAGUACAUUUGUAUCUUUCCGAUAUACUCAUAGACUUGUCUUCCGUCUAAAAAGAAGCGUUUAAAUUUACUUGCAUAGGAAAUUAAACCAAAAGUGUCAGAAAUAAAACAAGGUAAAAGAAGUAAAGUUUACUUAUUGACAAACAGCAAACACUGAUAAAAUACGUUCCAUUUUAACUGUCUAACAAUGUGAUUCCGCCUUGUGUUCCACUUAGCGCGGCGCGCGCUCGAGCUGUAAAUUGGAGGGAUUAUCGAUUACCCGUUCUCCAUAUCAAAAUUGUUGCAAAACUGUAAAACAGCUGAAAAACUGUGUCUUAAUGGACGCAAGUAUUGAGUCAGGAAACAGCUGAGAGCCUUUUCAUUCUUGAAUGUUACCGCAAUCGUACAAGAAAUCAGAGCUGUCUCUAAAUAAACAAGUUUGACAAACAUCGCAAAAUGAAAUUAGUUGUACACUACGAAAAACCAGAAUGAAAGUCGUUUGCUGAGUCUUGUAGCAUUUUUCUUUUACUUGACAAGAAUAUUCUGUAUCAAGUGCUCAAUCAAAUCGGCAACUCCAAAAGUUUAAGAUAAUUGGGUCUUAUUUUCUGAACUGUGAGCUUCGACUAUUUCCUUGACUUCAGUGGCGUUUGUUUUAAUUAGAAGGUUUUUGUGCGUCAAUUUAAAAGUUUUAAUGAAAAAGUUUAACUGUAGGAAACGAAUUAACAGCUGCUUACCUAGUGCGGGUUAGUUUAAGGUAAAACUCGAUAAUGAAUUUGACUUUGAUGAAAAACAAAAUUAUAACAAAUCAUUAAAUUUCGCGUUGUGUCGAACCGUUAAUCAAGGCGAACAGACCUGAAGAACUUCUGUUGAUCAUUGAUGUAAAAUUCAACGCAGCGUGAACUAUUUUUUAUUUUGCGAAGACAACUUAGAUUGUAAUCCCAAAAAGAAAUUGAAAAGCUCGUACUUCUUAUUCAAGCUUUUGUUUACACAGGCCGAAUAUUGAAAAAAAGUGCAACAUUAUUACAGUUAAGCCAUGAUGUUGUCUGUGAAUUAAACACACGUCGUUCCUAUCCAAUAGCGAAUCAAUUUAUCGGUGAACUAUUUACUUAAUAUUUUGCGUUUUAAACUGGUCGUGCAUCAGGAGAAUUCCUCAGUUACAGUUAGCCUUGUGAAAUAUUUAUCAAUUUUUGAAAACUACAUCGCAAUUGAACUAAGUACAGUAACACGAGAGAAAAAUUCUUUUUAUUCUGAAAUCGAAUCUGAAAGCUUCACUUGACAGAAAUGUCAAACGUAGCUCAUUGUGGUCGCGGAGGAAAUUGCAAGCUUUUAAGAUGUUAAUUCAGCGUAUCCGGCAAUAUCGCUUGUUUGAUUUGCAAAAACUGUGAAAUGAGGGUGUUUUUCAAACAGUUAUUAAUACGGCUCGCAGGUGGAAAUCUUUAGGGAUUGUUAAAAAGCUACUGUGCCAGGUUAGGUCCUGUUUGUUUUUGCCGACUCGAUCCACUCGGGAACAGCAGGUAGUGAAUCUUGAUAUCAAAAGUUAAUUCAUCGUUGGUGAGUAGAUAUCGGCCCUUAAUUCCCUUGCUGAAAUUUUGUGCAUCUGUUGCGAUAAAUCCCAGAAAUAUGUUCCGAAAAAGAAAUGUUUCUUUUUUAACAAAAUAACCUUCGAAAAGUGCGGAUGUUAUAGAAAUUUAAUCCUGUGUGAGUUGAAUGUUUCGCGCAAUUUAAAGAUAGUUUAAGGAUGAUCUAUUGAGCUGAAAUUAAUUCAGAUUUAGUUAAGUUCCAAGUAAAGAAAAAUCUGUAAGCCAACCUAACUGCCUAAAACAAAGUCUACAAGGCAGUUUCAUUCAGUUCGCCUCCGUGAAAAGCAACUUAUUUCUGAUGUUUCAGAAACUCGCCAGUUCAUUAUGCUAAGAAAAUGAACUAGUCUGAAAAUGAUUUUGAUUUUUGAUUAUCUGUCACAGUUUCGAAAGAGCUUUAAUCUUAACUAGCCAGCGAGGUAAUGUCGGCUUUUUUGUCUACUUCUCAGUUGCUCCGGGCGUUUUGCGUGCUGCUCGACAUUGUUACUUAAUUCACAAGCAAGUGUUAAAUUGAUCUCUGUUUUGAAAAUAAUGCUGGGUGGUCUUGACUUAAAUAUUAGAAUUUUCACUUGAUUAGCUUUAUGAAACAAAAAACAGUGGUUUCAAUGAUUUUAUUUCUUUAAUGUUCUAUUGAUUCUUUUAGAAAAUAAAAAGCAAAAGGCAGGGAAAAAAUGUUGCUGUGAAUAGGUCAAUUUUUGUUUAACUCAUUUCCAUUACAAAUUAACAACUGUAAUGCCGUUCCGCCUGAACUGAACACUUUUCUGCCAUCAUUUUAAAUAAGGCCAUUCGCAGGAUCGGUAAGCUAAGACUUUGUGUUUGUUUAUGUUUUUUGUGUGUGUAUGGGUUGUUGCCGUAUUGAUCGAAUUCGUUGCAUACAUUUGUCAGCAAAAUAGUGACUUUUUCAAGCAUCUUAUUCUUUAAAAAGUACUUGAACAAUAGUGAAAAUUGCUAUAUCUUCUUUAAAAUGAUUUUUCUUGUAUGUAUUUUAAGCUGUUUUAGGCCUUUUCUUGAAUUGAGAUAUCUUAAUGUACCAAAGAAAUUUAUUUUAUUCUUAACAAAAUUCAGGGUAUAAUUUUUGAUCCAAGACAACAAUGAAGUGCUAUAAAGUUAUUGAAACAAUAUUACCGCUUGCUAAGAUGCCUUAAGAAAUUAUUAUAGCAGCAAUUUGACAACAAUUCUGCUCUCUUUAAAUUUUGACCUGAUUGUGAAACUCUUUUUACAACACACAAAUUGUAAGCUUGAUAACUCAGGGGUUAAGUGAAAUUUUGUCACCAGUAUUCGUUAUCUUAAUUCAUUGUCAUAAGCAUUGAAAUGUGUUUGGAAAUUAAGGAAGUCGGAGAAUGUUAAAAUUGUGAGCUUCAAAUUUUUUUUUCUGUGCCUGUUUCCAAACUGAAUCUAAAGACAGUCAGGCUUCUGUAAUAUUUUGACCAGCAAAAUCAAAGAAAAAAUAAGCAAUAUUAAAUAACGACAAUAAUCUUUAUUUGGCAAAAAAAUAUACCUCACCCUAUUCAGACUGAACUUUUUUUGCUUUUCUUGCCACUUGAAUGCUUGGGGGCGGGGUGGUUGCUUUGGAAGUCCCCCUGUUUGCCUUCAAACCUGCUC